AUAGAUGGGAACACGGACCCCUGGCCUGAAUCCUCUCUGCCUUCCCUCAUCACAGGUGUCUGACAACAAAGCAUCCCUGCCGCCCAAGCCAGGGACCAUGGCUGCAGGUGGUGGUGGUGGACCAGCCCCUCUGUCCUCGGCAACAUCCUCCCCGCUGUCAUCCUCUUUGGGAACAGCCGGACACAGAGCCAACUCCCCGUCUCUAUUUGGCUCAGAAGGAAAACCAAAGAUGGAGUCUGCGGCCAGCAGCCAGGCGGCCGUGGAGGAACUAAGGACGCAGGUCCGCGAGCUGAGGAGCAUCAUCGAGACCAUGAAGGACCAGCAGAAACGAGAGAUUAAGCAGUUACUGUCCGAGUUGGAUGAAGAGAAGAAAAUCCGGCUUCGGUUGCAGAUGGAAGUUAAUGACAUAAAGAAAACUCUUCAAUCAAAAUGAAUACUUGAUAAAUGAAAUGUCACGUUAUUCAUCCUGAGUCCAAGACUCAAAUUUUCCGCCCCAGCCAAAAUAACCUUGUGCCAAAAGAUUAAAGGUUUGCCUCCGCGUGUCCCUGUUUGAAAGAUUAGCACAGAAGUCUUGAUAGCACAACACAAAUUCCAUCCAAGAGGAUACUCUUCCCCAUGGUAUAAUCCUGGGCAUGGCACUGGUUGUGACUUAGAGCAGAUUGUGCUAAAGGCUUUUUUACUAUGAGAUCUCAUGCGAAACGAAAACUCAGGCAGUUUAGUCCAUAGUGGUACUAUUUUGAUGAUAUUUUCCAUUAAUAAAAUGUAAUUUCAGAUUAUUCGUUUACAAGCUUUAUAAUUUUAUGAUUUUUUAAUCGUGUUUUGUCACAGAUCCUCCCAGUGUCUGUAUUACACCUAGUCCAGAGCGAGCGUCCCAUUCUUUUGCUUCAGGCAGAAAGCUGCCUCGCUUUGUGUCCCCUCUAGGAUUCUAUUACAUAUGCAAUUUUAGGUCCGACCCGUCCCUUCUCCUGCCAGCCAACCCCGCCACCGUAAGAUAAAUUUUAGCUUAUAUAUGAUGGUAUAUUUACAAAAAAGAGAAAGAGAAAACCUGGUAUUUGCAAUGAUCUGUGCCUUCUUUUUACCACCCUCUUGAUUGGAGCUUUUGUGAUGCAGCUACCAUGAUUCAAAAAACAAAACAAAACAAAACAACAACAAAAAAAAACCACCUUGUUUUUUUAAAGCCACUUCUCAAAGUCCACUAGAGGCCACUGUCUUCAAAGCUUCUCUCACCUAGCCAAAGGUCCCAAGAGGAGACAGCUGUGAAGCUGGGCGCGCUCGGUGGUACCCGCUGUGACGUUUAAGUUCUCCUAGUUGUAGGUUGUUCAUGGAACUAGAAAUGUCACCCCUGCUUGAUUUUUCAUCAGCCAAGUUAAACCCCUGCUUCCUGUCCUUUGCACCUUUUGCGUGAACAGAAUAUGCAUUAUGAAAGCAAAAAUAAAUAAACAUAAAAUGCAAUGAAAACAA